GAAGAACCGGGUCUAGUCUAUCGUGGGAUGCCUACCGCAUACUCAAUAUGGUAUCUACAUCCUGAACAAGAUGACAGAACGUCUCCUGUUUCUACUUUCGGCGUGGUCGAUAUGAGGCCAAUGUGCCAACUUCGCCACUAGGCUUGACAGCCUUCGUGGUCUUCGCGUCGUCGAGUUCUACUCCGACUGGUGUUAUCAAAUACUCGCUGUUUUGAUGCUCUACAGCGUCUCAUGUCCUGGACUUUGACGCCUUAUCUCAGACACCAAUCAACGGUAUUAGUGGCGAGACCAUCUACUGGCACUUGCUGAAUUCUGCGUCAUGGCGCAUAUAUCAUCUUGUCCCAUGUAUGCCACCCGCAUACGCUGCUGCGGCUGGGUCGAAGACCCCAUACAGAACGUAUUGUUCCUGGUCUGGGAGACUUAUUAUCCGGUCUGCUCUGCAGUCGCUGUGUAUCAUUCUUUGGUGCUUCUGCCGUCGAGACCGAUGUCACCAGCAUCAGGACCAGGCCGUGCAUACCCCGUCAUCCAGACGGACACGCUUCAUCUGACUGUGGCUUCAUGGCGGCCUGUCUGCCACAAGGAGAGCAGACUCGGCGUGUAUCCCAUAUCCCAUCUCACACCCUCUGGUUCAGCGUCAUCGAGAUGGAUGAGGACAUUGCGGUUUGCUGUCUGGCCUUCACUGCAGCAGAUCGAAUAUCGAAAAAGGCUACCUUUCAGCAGGAAAGACAUCUCUCCUUCUUAUCUGCCCUUCGUCUGUUCGACAUUGAUAGUCCUACCUCUGAAGCAAUCAAAUAUCGACAGUUCCCUUUUCUUCACCUUUAAAGACGGGAUUUACCCGGUAGGAGACAUCUCUCUUUCUGACCUGCCUUGAUAAUAUUGGGGCAUCGAUAUAGUACUUUCGAAGGCGUUGAAUAUCGAGGAAUCUCCCGUCAAUCGCGAGAGACAGACAUAUCCACC